CUCAAACUUCAUUUCUUGUCCUCUUUCUUCUUUUUCUUCGUUCCUUUUCUUCCUUUCUGAUCUGAUUCACAACUUUCUUCAACACAAUUAUAACAUGUAGAAAAUCAUUAGAAAAUCGAUGAAAGCCUUUACCUAUCUUUUUGUCUUCGCAAUCAUAUGGUCCUUCUUAAAUCCUUCCAAUACACUAGAUAUUAUUACUCCAGUCCAAUCAAUCAGAGACGGUGACACCUUAGUUUCUGCUAGUCGAAGAUUUCAAUUGGGAUUCUUCAGCCCAGGUAAUUCAAAAGGCAGAUACGUGGGGAUAUGGUACACGAAAUUUUCUGGGACAGCUGUUUGGGUAGCCAACAGAGACACUCCACUGAACGAUCACUCAGGAGUGUUGAAGGUCACUAAUGGAGUUGUUAGCCUUCUCAACAGCACAAAUAGCGUUGCUUGGUCAUCUAAUACAUCAAGAACUGCAGAAAAUCCAGUUUUAGAGCUCUUGGACAACGGAAAUCUUGUUGUGAAAGAUGAAAAGGUUGAUGGCCCUGUGAACUAUUUGUGGCAGAGUUUUGAUUAUCCUUGCGACACUUUCCUACCGGAAAUGAAACUUGGAAAGAACUUAGUGACUGGCUUAGAUAGGUUCUUCACAUCUUGGAAGAGCACUGAUGAUCCCGCUCAAGGUGAGUUUUCAAUACGGUUAGAUCUUCGUGGGCUUCCACAAGUGGUUCUUAUGCAAGGAGACAGAGUAAAGGUUCGACAAGGAUCAUGGAAUGGCCUUCGUCUUAAUGGCUAUAGUGGUUUAAUACCGAAUCCACUAGUUGAGGUUGAAUUCCAUUUCAAUGAGAGUGAGGUCUUUUAUGAUUACAAAGUCAGAAAUAGUUCGGUGUUCACAAGAUACAUCUUAAACCCAUCCGGAUUUGUACAACGGUUCACAUGGCUGGAUCGGAUAAACCGUUGGGAGCUAUUCUCAACAACGCCAGCAGAUCAGUGUGCAAAUUAUGCCUUCUGUGGGGCAUAUGCUAGCUGCACUAUUGGUAACACUCCCGUAUGUGCAUGCUUGGAAGGAUUCUUACCCAAGUCUCCAAAAGCUUGGGAUUCAGUGGAUUGGUCUGAUGGGUGUGUUCGAAAGACUCCAUUGAAUUGCAGUGAUGGUCCUGAUAGAGAUGGCUUCCUUAAGUACUCGGGGUUGAGAUUGCCUGAUACAUCUUCUUCCUGGUUUGAUAAGACUAUGAGCCUCAAGGAAUGUGAAGAAUUGUGUUUGAAAAACUGCUCUUGCACAGCAUAUGGAAGUUUAGAUAUCAGGAUGGGAGGAAGUGGCUGCUUGCUUUGGUUUGGUAAACUAGUUGAUAUUACAGGGAUCGCAAAGAAUGCAGAAGACCAGUUCUAUGUAAGAUUGGCUGCUUCAGAACUAGAUCAUGUUGAGAAAAAGAGGCGCUCCAGCAAGAAGAAACUUGCAGGAAUCGUAAUCGGCUCUGCAUUGUAUGUCUUGGGAAUGAUAAUAAUUGGAUUGGUAACAUACAUAUGGAAGAAGAAACGCAGAAACCAAGCGAUGAAAAAAGGAAAUAUUGGGAAGGAAUGUGACAAUGUGGGCAGGAAGGAAGACAUUGAGUUACCAAUAUUUGAUCUGACAGCCAUUGCCAAUGCGACUGAUAACUUCUCAAAUAACAACAAGUUGGGAGAAGGUGGCUUUGGAUCUGUCUACAAGGGUACAUUGCUAGAGGGGGAAGAGAUAGCAGUAAAAAGGCUAUCAAAGAAUUCUGGGCAAGGAAUGUUUGAGUUCAAAAAUGAAGUUAUUUUAAUUGCAAAACUUCAGCACCGCAAUCUUGUGAGGCUUCUUGGCUAUUGCAUUGAAGAAAAUGAAAAAAUGCUAAUCUAUGAAUACAUGCCUAACAAAAGCUUGGAUUCCUUAAUUUUUGAUCAAACGAAGAGUAAAUUGCUGGAUUGGCAUAUGCGCAUCAACAUAAUUGCUGGGGUUGCUAGAGGGCUUCUCUAUCUUCAUCAAGACUCUAGAUUGAGAAUUAUCCAUAGAGAUCUCAAAGCUAGCAAUAUCUUACUUGAUAAUGACAUGAAUCCAAAAAUUUCAGACUUCGGCCUGGCCAAAUCAUUUGGGGGAGAUCAAGGUGAUGCCGAGACCAAUAGGAUUAUUGGAACAUAUGGUUAUAUGUCUCCUGAGUAUGCAGUACAUGGGCAAUACUCAAUCAAAUCUGACGUGUUUAGCUUUGGAGUUUUAAUAUUAGAGAUGGUGAGUGGGAAGAAGAACAGGGGAUUUAGUCACCCAGAGCACCACCAUAAUCUUCUUGGACAUGCAUGGAGACUAUGGAUUGAAGGUAGGCCAAUUGAAUUGAUCGAUAACUCAGUUGGUGACUUCUCUCUAUCCGAAAUGUUACGAUGCAUUCAUGUGGGUCUGUUAUGUGUGCAACAAAGAUCAGAAGAUAGGCCAAACAUGUCAUCUGUGGUUUUAAUGUUAAGCAGUGAGAGUCUAUUGCCUAAGCCAAGGCAGCCAGGCUUCUAUAUAGAUUCACCUGAAGCAAAUUCUUCAUGUAUCACACCUUGUUCAACAAAUGGAAUCACCUUUACAUUGUUUGAGGGAAGGUAGAAUAUAAUUUCUUAAGAGGAAAUGGGAGAGGUUUCUUAUGAAAUUUAUGUAAGAAUGAAUUAAAAACCUCUUGCUCAACAAAAAUGCUCUCUCAAGCCAUUUUUGCGAUAUACCAGAUUAUGUUACUUGAAUUGGAUAAUUGUGUUUUGUGUUGCCUUAUAUAGAAUCCAAUGUGAGGAAUUUACUAGAUCAAACUGGGUUGUAUAAGUAUUACGAAGAGGCUUUACUGUAACUUGACUAGUCCUAUUCAAUAUGAACAAAAUUUGAGAAA